AUGGCAAUUGGACAAGGUAAAGGAAAAAUUAGAAGUUCUAGUGUUGGAGGUAAAACUUUAAGGGGUAAAACAGUAAGAAGACAAGGUAAAUUAUUCAAAGAAAAUAUUAAAAAUGUGACAAGAGGAGCUAUACGUAGAAUGGCACGAAGAGGUGGUGUAAAAAGAAUCUCAGCAGGUAUCUAUGAUGAGGCAAGAACAGCUCUUAAAGACUUUCUAUAUCAUGUUCUUAGAGAUGUAGUAUCAUAUGUGGAAUAUGAAAACAAGAAAACGGUGAUGCUCAUGGAUAUUCUUUUCGCAUUAAAACGUAGAGGGAAAACUUUAUAUGGUUUUGACGUUAGAUCAUCAAAAUCAAAAUACCUUUUUCAAGAAUGA